AUGGAAAAAUGCGUAUUCUGCGGUUGGUAUCGACGUACCAACGAUCCAUCAUUAAAGUUCUUCGGCAUUCCACGUGAACCUGGUUUGAAACGUGUUUGUGGCGUACACUUUCGGCAAGGCCGGCCAUCAAACGAUCCAUCACAUGAAGAUUUUGCUCCUCAUUUAUAUAUCCAACGUUCCAUCACGCAACCGGUUUCUAAGACAUUAACAUAUUUGGAAAGUUUUGCUAAUGAAGACGAGCUUGAUGAAGUGCCUUCUGUAUCCCGGUCUUCGGGACGUACUUAUGCUUGCAAACCUUCAAUAUUGCGGAAGAAACGAAGAACUAGGUCUCCAGAUGAUCCCAAGAAAAUCGAUCAAGAAAGCACUAAAAAUCAACAAGGUCCAUCGUCUGAUAAAGUUGAUCAAGUGAUUGAACAAAAGGCAUCUAAAGAAGACUUAACGAAUGUUGUUGUGAUUUCAAAUCCUAUAACUGGUGCUAAAAAGCGAAUGAGACUACUACAUAUACCACGGCCAUUUGCAGAAGCCGUGGGUAUUAAGCCAGGUCAAAGUGUGAUAUUCAAACGUAGACUAUCGGUUGCUAAGCCUGCUCGAAAUCAGGCACAAAUAUGCGACAAUAUAGACUUUAUUUUGGGUAAAGAAGAAAAUCUCGACAGCGCGUGUGCAAGCUGA